CAAGCGUGAUAAACUUGAUUGAGAUAACAAGUAUAAAGGAGAGGAACAAAUACAAGAAAAACUUGAGUUUAACCAUAGAAGAAGAUAUAAAAAUGUCACYAAUAUCGAGCUAUGACAAAGUAGGCAAUCCUUCUGCAAGAAAAAUGAAGACGACAGAGGAAAAGAUAGCCCAUGAAUUAGCGAAGGACUUCAUUAAUUUCAAGCUCGGGAAAGGAACACGACUUAAUACUAAGACUGCGACUUUACUCCGCAAGUUAAGCAAAGAAAUUGAGAAAAAACAUGAACCCAUAUUCAAAAACAUGUGCGAUCGUUUGAAUCUGAACGAAAGAACUGUUUCUCAGACCUUCGUUGAAGUCGCCGAUGAGAUGUUGGGCAAAGACAUCAACUGGGGUAGAAUUGUAGCACUUUAUACUUUCGCUGGAAGGGUUGCAGUUUAUUUCGAAGAACAUGACGUUAAAAUCAGUGAUGAAAUAGCCAUUUGGCUUGGAAAUUAUGUAGCUGGGAAAUCUGAAUGGAUACGAAAAGCUGGUGGAUGGGAUGCUUUUAAUGAACAAUUCAAAGAUGUGCAAGAAGAGAAUGAAAAAUUUUGGUGGAACAGCUUGCUGUGUACGACACUUGGUCUUGGAACRUUAGCUGCUGUGUUGUACGUCAAGGGCUAGACCAGAAACUAAGCCAAAAAAAGACAGAUAAUUUUAUCAUGCCCAAGGCAUACUCAACAUUAGCYUGUGCCGGUAGACCAAAACUUGUCUGUACCAAAUAGACAGCUGGAUAAUUCAAUACAAGCAAGCCAAGAGAGUAAACAGAGAAACAUGAUAUUUCACAGGCUCAAAGUCCUGUCUGUCACCAGUGUUUCUAGGAAAUCUAGACCUAGAAGAACAAUGUUCCCUAGCUUCCAAGAAGCUAUUAAUAUAAACAAAGAAAAAUAUGUAUGGCCAAAGGCCAAGUUAUAUAGUAUAUAGGGCAUGAAUCUGUUGUCACUGCAAAGGAACUGCCUAAUUUUCUUCAUCCAAGUUAUGUUUAGUCAUUACAGUUGGAGGUAUUUUCAAGUACUUUGUUUUUUCACAUUCUUACAGAACAUUUACUUUUUGAACUAAGAAAGCAAGGACCUAAUUUCCAAUACUUCUUCAAGGAUUAGAAGUGACUGACAGACUUUCCAAAUGGGAAGUCAUAUCCAUUAUUUUACUCUAUAUAAGUUUUGAAUGGUAUGGAUUUUUAGGUCUACUUUUAGUAGACCAGUACUACCAGUACUACCAGUACUAUUUUUUAAGCAUUUAAAUAAAGCUUUUUAGUACAUCUUAAAAUGUUUAUUUUUCGUAUCCUGCUUGCAGAUGCCUUUUUCUACAUUCUAUUUUGAUUCAGACAGUUUCCAACUUAGUCUUUUAUUUUGAAGGGAAAGAAAUGACUUCUAAAUUCAGAUAACUGUUUCAUUCAGAAAACAGGCAGGCAUGACUACAGUACAAAGUWAAAGUAUAAAGUGUGCCUUGUCCAUAGUCCAUAUAAUAUGUAUAUGUGUGUGGGUCGUUCGAUGACAGAAGCUCUUAAUUACUCCUAGGUGGAGCAUUGGUCAUGUGGGGGAUUUGGGGUCAAAGAUCCUUAUGCAUGUAUAUACAUGUACUAAAUUCAGGGCAUAAUCAUAUUGAUUUCAGUUAGAUAACAUUUGUAUAUAUUUUGUAAUUUAUGGGUUGUACAAUAUGUUAAAAAAA